AUGUUUAGAACUAAAAAUAGGAGUGUCCUGCAGUUUUACAAUCGAGUGGAGAAAAUUGGCGAAGGAACGUAUGGAGUUGUUUAUAAAGGCAUUGAUCAGCGAACUGGAAAACUGGUCGCAAUGAAAAAAAUACGUUUGGAAAAUGAAGAUGAAGGUGUACCAGCUACCACUAUUCGAGAAAUUUCUCUGCUUCGAGAAUUAGCGCAUCCAAAUAUCGUUGCGCUCGAAGAAAUUGUGCUUGAGGAGAAUCGCUUGUAUUUGAUAUUUGAAUUUCUUCACAUGGACUUGAAAAAGUAUAUUGAUAAAAUUCCUAGUGGUGAAUACAUGAAUAAAGCCCUGCAAAAAUCUUAUUUGUAUCAAGUACUUCAAGCCAUUUGCUUUUGUCAUCAAAGACGUGUGCUUCAUCGAGACCUGAAACCACAAAACUUGCUUGUUGAUGAAAUGGGAGCCAUCAAGCUUGCUGACUUUGGUCUUGCGCGAGCUGUUGGUAUCCCCGUAAGAGCAUAUACUCAUGAAGUAGUUACUCUGUGGUAUCGAGCUCCUGAAGUGCUUCUUGGUUCAUCUCGUUAUUCCAUGGGAGUUGAUAUCUGGAGUAUUGGUUGUAUAGCUGCUGAAAUGGCUACAAAAACACCAUUAUUUCAGGGUGAUUCCGAAAUUGAUCAGAUCUUCCGCAUAUUUAGAAUAAUGUCGACACCUACCGAAAAAUCAUGGCCUGGAGUGCGGGAUUUGCCAGAUUUCAAUAUGACUUUUCCACAGUGGAAAGAUGAUGGUUUACGAGAACUGCUUAAAGGUCGUAUGGAUUCAGAAGGCCUAGAAGUUUUGCGAUCAAUGCUCAGUUAUGAUCCAGCAUUGCGAAUUUCGGCGAAAGAAUUGCUGAAACAUCCGUACUUUGAUGAUGUUGACCGUAAAACUCUUCCCGCUGGCGAUUAUUGUGGAACACUUGUACUACCAAAACAAGACUCGAGUGAGCACUCGCAUUUCAUCGAUGGUUGGUUGGGUUUAAGGAAAUAUUUGGAAGAGGAUGGUAGUUUCGGAGAGGUUUUCAAAGCAGUUGAUACGCGGAGCAAGAAAUUAGUUGCGUUGAAAAGUAUUGUUCAUGAUACCACCAGCGACGGUUCAUUUAGAGCAUGUGUAAUUCGUGAAUUGUCUAUAAUGAGAGAGUUAGAUCAUCCAAAUAUUGUUAGACUUGAAGAAGUGAUUCUUGAUGCGAAGUCAAAUAUUCAUCUUGCAUUUGAGUAUUUACAUACUGAUCUUUCAAGCUAUUUAAACGAGCUACCAAAUCAUGUUUAUAUGAGUUCCUCACUUCAGAAAUCAUUCCAAUAUCAAAUACUACAAGGAAUGUGCUACUGUCAUCAACGAGGCAUCCUCCAUCGUGAUAUGAAACCACGAAAUAUCUUGCUUGACACUAAUGGUACUGUAAAAAUUGCUGAUUUUGGGUUGGGUCGAAAAUACAGUAUACCAAUGGAACCUUAUACUAAUAUUGUGAGAAUUGCAACAGCAUCUUACCGAGCACCGGAAAUUUUACUCGGUGCAGUUCGAUAUACUCCAGGAGUAGACAUGUGGAGCAUCGGUUGCAUAUUUGCUGAGAUGGCGAUGAAAAGGCGUUUAGUUAUAGGAUGUUCAGAAAUAGAGCGUGUAAAAGCAAUAUUUUCGUUAGUUUUUACAUCGCAUUCAACUGGUAACUUUACUUACCAUGUACUAUUCAUUCAAUGUAUACACUCGCUAGUAGGAACUCCAACGCAGGAAGUAUGGAAAAAUUAUCUCGAUUUACCUUUGUUCCAAAGAAUGAUAUUUCCUCGUAUUCGAAAAGGAAAUCUAAAAGAAUCACUCAGAAGUUUUAUGGAUCCUACUGCUAUAGACAUAGUUCAUUCAAUGCUUAUGCUAGAUCCGAUAGUACGUGCUACGGCCAAAAGUCUCCUGAAGCAUGAUUAUUACUCAGAUAUAGAUUGUUCUGUGUCACCCUAUACAAGCUGUGAUGAUAUACUACAGAUGAAGUUGAACAAACUAGACAAAAGUAGUUCAGAUGACGACGUGCAUAUGUCUAAGCUUAGCUGUAAUGGGACACUAUAA